AUGGCGUCGAGCGAAUCUAGUUCGCAGAUGAAGAUCGUUAAUGGCGAUGGCGGUUACGUACUCGAAGACGUUCCUCAUCUCUCCGAUUACGUUCCGAAUCUUCAAACGUAUCCGAAUCCGCUUCGAUCUAAUCCAGCUUACUCGGUUGUUAAGCAGUAUUUCGUGCAUAUGGACGAUACCGUUCCUCAGAAGGUUGUUGUCCACAAGGAUGGUCCGAGAGGUGUUCAUUUUCGACGUGCAGGACCUAGACAAAAGGUAUAUUUUAGAUCGGAUGAUGUUCGUGCGUGUAUUGUCACAUGUGGUGGUCUGUGUCCUGGUCUCAACACUGUGAUAAGGGAAAUUGUUUGUGGUCUUUCUUACAUGUACGGUGUCGACAAAGUCCUUGGCAUAGAUGGUGGUUAUAGAGGUUUUUAUUCGAAGAACACCAUUACUUUAACUCCCAAAGUGGUAAAUGACAUCCAUAAGCGGGGAGGAACUGUUCUUGGCACAUCCCGAGGGGGGCAUGAUACUGGCAAGAUAGUUGACAGCAUCCAGGAUCGGGGAAUUAAUCAGGUUUAUAUUAUUGGAGGAGAUGGAACACAGCGAGGAGCGGCUGUGAUUUAUGAGGAAGUUAGAAAGCGGGGUCUGAAAGUAGUAAUUGCUGGAAUUCCUAAAACCAUAGAUAAUGACAUCCCGGUUAUUGACAGGUCCUUUGGUUUUGAUACCGCGGUUGAGGAGGCUCAACGAGCCAUUAAUGCAGCACAUGUUGAAGCUGAAAGUGUUGAAAAUGGCAUUGGUGUUGUAAAGCUAAUGGGUCGUUAUAGUGGUUUUAUUGCGAUGUAUGCUACUCUUGCUAGCAGAGAUGUGGACUGUUGCUUGAUUCCAGAGUCACCCUUCUUCCUUGAAGGAAAGGGGGGACUUUACGAAUUUAUAAAGAAAAGGCUGAAAGAAAGUGGACAUAUGGUCAUAGUCAUAGCCGAGGGAGCAGGACAAGAUCUUCUUGCAGAAAGCAUGCAAGCCAUGGACCAGAAGGAUGCUUCUGGAAACAAGCUGCUUCAAGAUGUUGGUUUAUGGAUAUCUCAUAAGAUCAAGGAUCAUUUUGCGAAGGAGAAUAAGAUGGCCAUCGUUCUUAAAUAUAUAGAUCCAACUUACAUGAUCCGGGCAAUUCCAAGCAAUGCAUCGGACAGUGUCUACUGCACACUUCUUGCUCAGAGUGCAGUUCAUGGAGCAAUGGCAGGGUAUACUGGAUUCACUUCUGGACUUGUCAACGGUAGACAUACUUAUAUUCCAUUCAACAGAAUCACCGAGAGGAUGAACAACGUAGUGAUUACAGAUAGAAUGUGGGCAAGACUGCUUUCUUCAACAAACCAGCCAAGCUUUUUGAAACACAAAGAUGUUCAUGAAGUCAAGAAAGCAGAACAACCUCUGACUCCUCCGUUGUUAGAUGGGGGAAAUUGCAAUGGUGGUGGUGAGGAAGCGGAAAAAGUAGAACAAAUUCCCAGUCAGUUGUUAUAG